UGCCCACCCACACCCACCACCACCAGAGAGAGCCAUAAAGCAAAAACACCGCACCCAACACGGAAGCUUCCGACCUCCGAUCCACCACCACCAACACGACACCAGCACUCGGAGGAGGCGGCAGCUCCCUCGUCGACGUCGCCAGGGACGCGCGCGCGACUUAGACGAGAGGGGGAGAUGAGACGGCCGCACGGCGCAUGCGCCAGCAGAUCCAGCCCGGCCGCCGCUUUCUUCCUUGCCGCCGCCGCGAUCUGCGCCCAGUUCGCGACAGGACUAGCUGCUGAUCCGUCCAAGGAUGAUGACAAAGCUCAGUCAAAAGGUCAUACUGGCCAAACAGUUCUGUUUGUGCUGAUAGGAAUUGGGGCAGCCAUUCUGUUAUCAUUCUUCCUUUUCAAGUAUUGGCAGAAGAAGAAGAGAGAGGAACAACAUGCACGGCUGCUGAAGCUAUUUGAAGAGGAUGAUGACAUUGAGAUGGAGCUUGGUCUUAGAGAUUGAAAAAAUCUUAUUUGUACAGCAAGAGUAUCUUGGCUGACAAGGUUUUCCUGGCAGAUCAGCACUUCAGUUUCAUGUUAAUGUAAAGAAUUUGUUGUAUUUAAACUUAGACAGACCUGCCGAGGAAGGUCUACUGUACCUUAGUAUUAUAUGAUGAAUAUCUUGGCAUGCAUGGUCCAUGAGAAUAGUUCUUAGGAAGUGUCAAGGUUUUUGUAAUAUUCUUUCCUUACAAGAAAUUUCUGCAUAUAUACACUUACUGCGCUGUGCCUCCUGUCUGUAUUGCAUCAAUGCCAAUCUGCAGUGGGUGGAGAGCUCGAAUUCUGGCCUCUAUUUAUGAUUUAUCUUACCUUCUCUUC